CGCCGUGCACGGUUUAUAUUAGGCGUUUACGCGGAAGUCCCGCCCCUUUUCCCCCCUCGCUCGCAGGCUGUGGUCCAGUUGCAGCGGUAACAAAAUGCCACGCAAAAUUGAAGAAAUCAAAGAUUUCCUGCUUACAGCAAGGAGGAAGGAUGCCAAGUCCGUCAAGAUCAAGAAGAACAAGGACAAUGUGAAAUUUAAGGUGCGCUGCAGCAGAUACCUGUACACAUUGGUCAUCACAGACAAAGAGAAGGCUGAGAAACUCAAGCAGUCCCUGCCACCUGGUCUGGCUGUGAAAGAGCUGAAAUAGAUGUUUCUGUUGUACAAAAACAUUGUAAUAAAAUUGGGAAAAUGA